GAACAGGUUGUGGGAGAGCGUUGGGAAGUGUAGAGCCGAGAACAGUUUUUAUAACCAGUGUGACUUUAUUUCCCAGAUUGCACCGCGCACCGUGAUGUUCCCAACAGCUGACAGUCGGUGAAGCCUCUGCCAGAGCUGUCCGUGGAAGCUCGUGAAGCCCGCUAGUCGGAAGCCCACAUAGACUGGACACACAAGCCGAAUGUUUGCGGAAUUAAGAGUGCCUAACGAGAACCUAGUUUUUGGGAAACAUUUUUUUAAGUUUCCUUUCUUAUUUUGAUAUUCCAGCAUUGGCAGCCGGGGACAAUUGCUGUCAGCUAACUUCCACAAUAGGUCGCUGCGUUGCUGGACUGCCGCUUUAUGUUUUAUUCGAGCUCAGCGGUUUGACUCCAGCCCUUCCCUCUCCAGCCGUGCCCCAAUGCUGAGGAAUGGAUAGCGUGUCUGCUAACGGUGGGAAGAUGGUCGAGAGUGAUGAGCAACAGCCGGAGAGGCACAGCGGCGGUGGCGCAGCGAUGGCCGCGCUCCAUCAGUGCGAGCUCAUCCAGAAUAUGAUUGAUAUCUCCAUCUCCAGUUUACAGGGGCUACGGACCAAAUGCGCCGCGUCCAACGACCUCACGCAGCAAGAAAUACGCACUUUAGAGGUAAAGCUGAUGAAAUACAUCUGUAAACAGCUGCAGUGUAAAAGGAAGGUCCCAGACACAGAGAGGCCUGAGGCCCUGGACAGCUACCCCCACUUACGGGACUGGCUGCGCACCGUCAACCUGCGACCAGAGCUCAUCCAGGCGGUAGAGACAAAGUUGUCCUUGGACACAUUACUGCAGAUGACUGGAGCUCAGGUGAGAGAUGCAAUGAGAAGACUGGGGUCCAGUUCAGAAGAAUGUGCUAGACUGGGUGCUGCCCUCUCCUGUCUAAAGAGUGCCACUGAAUCAGGAGGUGAAAUGAAAGAGGAUGGUGUUUCCUGGCUGCCUGAGCCCACCAGGAGGGACAGUGGCUCUCUACUAACGGCAGACCAGCUGCCUUUCCUGGGAACUCCCCUCCGCCCCCACAGUCCAUCGCCUCUAGCCCGCCCCUCCACCAUCCAGUCCACGCCAUCCACCCCCUCUGCUACCUUCCAUCAUCCCCGUUCUGGGUCUGUUUCAGCAGCACCCACACCAGAUGGGCUGGGAUCAUACGCCUAUGGCGACAGUCCCCUCACAGAUCUGUUCCCCAUGCCUCGGCCACGCACAGCCCGGCUCCACGGGCACACCUCCACCCCACCUGUAACCCCACCGUCAAAUAGGCGGCAAAAACUGAAGCCCCCUUGCACUCCUCCGCCUCCGUCCCGCAAGGUUCUGCAUCUGCUCCCCAACAUCACUCUGACACGCAGCAAAAGCCACGAGUCCCAGCUGGGCAAUCGCAUCGAGGAUCCCCCCAACAACAAGUGUGGUAAAAAGAACAAAUUAUUGCUGAAUAUGCAAGUGAAUGGGAAUGGAUGUGAGGACUCGCCUUCUCGGUAUCCAGUCAAGCCCGUGCGGACCCCUGGAGUGACGCCAGCUCCCAACACCGCACCUUACACCCUGCCAGGGACUCCCACGCUUAUUGAGGAGCACAGCAUAAUUAAAAACAACGUAACGAUGCACCGCAGCUCCCCAAAAGCAGUCAGAAGGGACAUCGGUCUAGCCGUCACACACAGGUUUUCAACCAAGUCCUGGUUAUCCCAGACAUGUCAAGUGUGUCAGAAGAGCAUGAUGUUUGGUGUUAAAUGCAAACACUGUCGAUUAAAGUGCCACAACAAAUGCACAAAGGAGGCUCCAUCCUGCAGAAUCUCUUUUCUACCAAUUGCCAAAAUUAGGAGGACCGAGUCAGUUCCUUCUGAUAUAAACAACCCUGUGGACCGACCACAGGAAGCUCCUCAGUUUGGUACAUUACCAAAGGCCAUUACAAAAAAGGAUCAUCCUCCUGUUAUGAACCAGCUGGACUCGAGCAGCAACCCAUCCUCCACCACUUCAUCCACUCCUUCCUCCCCUGCUCCCUUCCAGCAGAGCAAUCCUCCGAGUGCCACACCACCACCUAACCCUUCGCCAAAAGGACACAGAGACAGCCGAUUUAACUUUCCAGCUGCGUAUUAUUUUCAGCAUAGGCAGCAGUUUAUCUUCCCCGAUGUUUGCAGUCCUACAAAUGUGUACUCUGAUGUCCUCCAAGACACAGUCAGUGAGGUAGAGCAGUCAGCAGAUGACACACACAAUGAGCUGGUUGAGGAUGAAGAGGAAAGGGAUGAGAACUUUGAGGAUGAAGAUGAAGAUCCCGAAGCGGAGGAGGAGAAUGAAGAGGACGACAGAGGUGACAGAGGGGAAUACGAGGAGGACAGGGAGGAAAUGAUGGGGAACAUCGGCUCAGACGGUGAGUGCGACGAGCUGGACGAUCUGCCUUGCUCUCGUGGAAACCAAUGGAAGGGCCCCAUAUCCCGCAAGCCCAGCCAGACGAGUGUGUACCUGCAGGAGUGGGACAUUCCCUUUGAGCAGCUGGAUCUCGGAGAGCUCAUCGGAAAGGGUCGCUGGGGUCGGGUGCACAAGGGUCGGUGGCACGGCGAGGUCGCUAUCAGACUUCUUGAGAUUGAUGGAAACAAUCAGGAUCAUCUGAAACUCUUUAAGAAGGAGGUGAUGAACUACAGACAGACCAGACACGAGAAUGUAGUCCUCUUCAUGGGGGCUUGCAUGGCUCCACCCCACUUAGCCAUCAUCACCAGUUUCUGUAAAGGAAGGACGCUGUACUCUGUUGUUCGGGACACCAAAAAUAAUUUGGAUAUCAAUAAAACGAGGCAAAUCGCUCAGGAGAUUGUAAAGGGAAUGGGCUAUCUCCACGCCAAAGGCAUCGUUCACAAAGACCUGAAGUCCAAGAAUGUUUUCCAUGACACCAACAAAGUGGUGAUCACGGAUUUUGGCUUGUUUGGGAUUUCUGGAGUCGUUCAGGAGGGGAGGCGUGAGAAUAAACUCAGACUUCCGCACGGUUGGAUUUGUUACCUGGCGCCGGAGAUUGUGCGUAAAAUGUGUCCAGGCAACAAUGAGGAUCGCCUUCCCUUUUCAACAGCAGCGGACGUGUAUGCCUUUGGAACAAUUUGGUAUGAGCUUCAAGCUAGAGACUGGCCAAUCACUAACCAGCCUGUUGAAGCCACCAUCUGGCAGGUGGGGAGUGGCGAGGGCAUAAAGAAGGUUUUGGGGGAGAUCAGCCUGGGCAAGGAGGUCACAGAGAUCCUGUCUGCCUGCUGGGCGUUUAACCCGAGAGACAGGCCGACCUUCACUCAGCUGGCUGACAUGCUGGAGAAGCUGCCCAAACUCAACCGCAGGCUGUCGCACCCAGGACACUUCUGGAAGUCUGCAGAGACAGUAAUCCUGCUGGAGGAAAAAAAUACAAACUUUUCAGGUUGCUCCAGGCUCUCCAUCCAUCCACACAACCUCCUGCUCUUCUUGGCAAAACAAACAAUAUAUCAACAUGAACGGCCUGCUGUGUUGUGCUGAAGUUCUGGCCGUGUUGCUGUUUAUCCCGUGGACUUUGUGUGAAGGUCCAACAAAGGAUCAGGACAAUCCUACGGCUUCGACCGCCUCUAACGGCGCCUCAGAGAAUAAAUCAGUAACUGGAUCUGGAACAAUAAAUUCUGUGAACUCAACCGAGAGCGAUACCAACAUCCCCACCACUCUGCCCACCCCUACCCCUACCACCACCACCCCUACCCCUACCACCACCACCACCACCACUGCCACAACAUGGAAUAUUUUUGAUCUAAUAGAGAACAAGCAUGCCAAGCUAAUAACCUACGUAGUUCUGAUCGCUGCCUGCUUUCUCCUGAUUUCUACCCUGGCACUUGCAUGCAAGGUGUGCCAGCUGAGAAGACGCCUCAAGGCGACAGGCGGCGACUCUGAGUAUUGUAUCGGAAUGGACAAGACGAGUAAAGCCGAGUCACAACCAGAAGCUAAAGAAAACAGUUUCCUGCUAACAGAGAACGGUCAAACAACUCAGGAGAGCGACGUCGGCGCCACCCAGGAGGACGGAGGGAAGGCCGAUGAGGUUAAGCAACAGGGAGACGAGAAGGAGGUGGGAGACUCUCAGAAGAGUGAGGGGGGCGCUACGGCCGCAGCCCCAGAGGAAAGCUCUCCUCCUUCAAAGCCGGCAGAGGAGACCACCAGCUCGGAGCCCGCCAAAGAUCCUCCGCCGCCUUCCUCCUCUGAAAACACAGAGGAACCUAAAAAAGAUCAGUAAAGGUUUUCUUCACGAGUUUCCAUUUCAACGCAACUUAGCAGUCGUUUUCAGCAGCGUCUUAGUUCCUUUUAAGAUGAAGCGUUUAUACAUGUAAUCUUAACCCAUCAGAUUGUAUAUUUGUGGACGUGUCUUCCAUUCUUUUUGGCUUGCAUGUUUUUCAUCAUUUCCAAAUUAAAAUUUGACAAAAUGU